AUGAAUGAUAUUGAGCACCAUGUGUGGCAAAACAAAACGUUAACAACUCAAAUGGCGAUGCAGUGGAGUGUUCAAGUUAAACAAUGGAGAGAUAGUCAGCAGCUGAAACUUUCGAGAAAUAAUUCUUCUGUGCAAAAUAAUGAGGCUAAAGUGUUUAAAUGGCAUCCUCCAAGUGAAGGCCGAAUGAAGGUUAAUGUUGAUGCUCACAUAGUUGCAGGAUGUUCAUGGUUCUCCUGUGGCUUAAUUCUUAGGGAUCAUCAAGGGAAGUUUAUUCGGGCAAGAACUCAUAGAUUCGCAGGCAUAGUUCCGGUAGUCGAAGCCAUUGGAGUAUUGGAAGCUACCAGGUGGAUUAACUCACUGGGCAUGCACGAUGUGGAUAUUGAGAGUGACUCUUUAGUCACAGUCCAAGCUAUUAACAAGGCAGUAGAGAAUUAUCUGGAAGUUGGUGUGGUUUUUCAAAAAUGUCGUGAGUUUUUGAAUGAUCGUAGAAACAUUUCGGUGUCAUUUGUUAAAAAGCAAGUGAACAAGGUAGCUCAUUUAAUUGCUAGAGUACCUUGUGAAGUUAAUUGCUUUAUUGAUCUGAUGACUCCUCCACGGUCUGUGUUGGAGCCCCUUGAAAGCGAGAGUUUGAUUAUGAUUAUCUAA